GAAGUUAAUACUCUGAUGACUGAAUCGAAGGCCUUUCCUUUAGGAAAGGAAUAGUAUUGAGUCCAAUCCAAAUGGCGCCAAAGAAAAAACUUCCGCCGACUGAUCCAGACGGCAUGUUCGCCGGAAUGGUGGUCUUUUUCGUUGACACCGGAGUUGUGGCUCGUCGGCUGCAGAUUUGGAAGCAAAAAUUGGAGCAAAUGGGUGCUUCUAUUGAACAGGAGUUAUCCAGGAAGGUUACUCAUGUUUUUGCUAUGAAUUAUGAUGCCCUUCUACAGAAAUUUGGUCGUGAACGGUUUUCCCACUUCAAAGGGCAUAAACUUGAUUACAAGUGGCUUGAAGACUCUUUGAGUUCAGGACAGAAAGCAUCUGAAGCAUCAUACACCCUUACACAGGAGUCAAUGGACGAAUCUCCUGUAAAGAAAAGUUCAACUGAAACCGGUUCUGACUCUGAUUGUGGAAAUCAUUCCUUAAAUGAUAGAACCUCGCCUAACAAAAAGAUCAGAAUCUCUCCAAAGGUCAAUGAAACUGAUAAAGAAAAAGGUGACAAGGAUGCAGAUGACACCAUUCAUGAGGUUGGCAUAUCUGAUACUUAUGCACCACCUGAUCUAAACAAAAACAUCUGUGAGAUAUUUGGGAAACUUGUGAACAUAUACAGAGCAUUAGGUGAUGAUCGAAGAUCUUUUAGCUACUCCAAGGCCAUUCCUGUAAUUGAAAAAUUGCCUUUCAAAAUUGAGAGUGCAGAUCAGGUCAAAAACUUACCUUCUAUAGGGAGGUCGCUGCAGGAUCAUAUUCAGGAAAUUGUUAAUACUGGGAAGCUUUCCAAGUUGAACCAUUUUGAGACGGAUGAAAAGGUGAGUACAAUAAGUCUAUUUGGGGAAGUAUGGGGUAUUGGUCCGGCCACUGCAUUGAAGCUUUAUGAGAAGGGACAUCGUACUCUAGAUGAUCUGAAGUGUGAUGAUUCGUUAACCCAUGCACAAAAGUUAGGUUUAAAGUACUUUGAUGAUAUUAGGACAAGGAUUCUCCGCCAUGAGGCUGAAGAGAUGGAGCAGCUCCUACAGAAAGCUGGAGAAAAGAUUCUCCCAGGCGUUAUGAUUGUAUGCGGAGGGUCCUACAGACGUGGGAAAGCUUCCUGUGGUGAUCUUGAUAUCAUUAUUACACACCCUGAUGGAAAGAGCCACGUAGGAUUUCUGCGGAAAUACGUGAUGCUCUUAAAGGAUAUGAACUUCUUAAGAGAAGAUCUUGUCUUCAGCAUUCACAGCGAGGAGGGAACUGAUACAGGGGUCGAUACAUACUUUGGCCUUUGCACAUAUCCUGGCAGAGAGCUCCGUCAUCGAAUAGAUUUGAAGGUAUACCCUAAGGAGAUAUAUGCAUUUGGUUUGAUAGCAUGGACAGGGAAUGAUGUUUUAAACAGAAGGCUGAGGUUAUUAGCAGAAUCCAAAGGAUACAAACUUGACGACACUGGAUUGUUUCCAGUAGCACAGAGUUCGGGUGGUAAACGGAGCACAAAAGGGACAGCCAGUUUGCAUUUUCAGACUGAGAAAGAAGUGUUUGAUUUCCUUGGGUUUCCUUGUCUAGAUCCUCAUGAGAGAAAUCUGUAACACAACUUACAGGUUUUGUUUCUGGAAUAGGAAGAUAUUUGAAGAACAGACUAUCAGUUUUUGUAUUUAUAUAAAUAUAUAACAAAAAAAUAUGAAAUUA